AUGUUUUACAUAUUGAGACAACCAUUCAAUUCAUACAACAAUUACCAGGACAUCAUAAUCCCUGACCCCAACCCCUACGAUAACAUCACUGGAUAUCCGGACAAAAUAGUGCCAAACAUUGUUCACUACGUGUUGUUUACAAUACAUCGCAUAGAGUUCGCGCACUUCCUGUCCAUAGUGUCGGCGCUUAGGAACCAACGGCCGGACAUUAUAUACAUUCACUGCGAUUGUCAUGAACUGGAGGGACAGUACUUCAAACGAACCCUUAAUAUUGCUCACAGCAUUAACACCAGGAUAAUUGUGCGCCAAAUAGAAAAACCUACAAAAAUAUUUGGCCGACCCCUGAGCACUGAUUACCUGGACUGGCACGCAUCCGAUGUUACCAGAAUACGGGUGCUCAUGGAGUUCGGUGGCAUAUACCUGGACAGGGAUGUGUAUGUAUGCAAAUCUCUGGACCCAUUCAGACACUUUGAAAUGACCCUUAACUGGGAUUUUGGUCAAUACCUGGGUAGUCAGGUACUGGUCGCUCAUAAAAGGGCCAGAUUUUUGCGCCUAUGGUAUGAGACGUACCGGGACUAUGAUAAGGAGCAAUGGUAUUAUAACGCGGGUAUAUUACCGACAACUCGGAUAUUAUACAACCGGUCACACCUCGUACACCGGGUUAUGGGUGGGUUCGGCGCGGAUGGAGAGGCUGUCUGUCCGAAGGUUUUUAAAGAAUACGAUAGGAACUGGAGAAAAGACUUCUAUACCAUUCAUCUGAUUCUGAGGGAUAACGAGAUCAGUUACUUGGACUGGUGUUUUGGUGAUGAAAAUAAUUACCCGCCUCACAUCAAUUUACAUUAUUUUGGUGAUUGUAUUGAUGUGAACACGACAUCAGGUGUAGUGAGAGGUCUCACUAUAGAUGUGUUGAACACAAGUGUUGACCAGUUUUUGGGUAUACCUUAUGCCGAACCACCGGUCGGUGCGCUUAGGUUUGCAAAACCAUUUGAUGUGAACACGACAUCAGGUGUAGUGAGAGGUCUCACUAUAGAUGUGUUGAACACAAGUGUUGACCAGUUUUUGGGUAUACCUUAUGCCGAACCACCGGUCGGUGCGCUUAGGUUUGCUAAACCCGUACCCUUUAAAGAGCCCAUAAAAGGUAUAAUAGAUGCCACCAAACCUGGAAACUCAUGUGUCCAGAGACUACAAGACGUGGACAGGGACCUUUUGGGUAAUUUGACAUUGAGUGAGGACUGUUUGGUACUAAACAUAUGGACACAUAAUGUGGGAAACAAUAACUCAUCAAAAGACUCAUCACUAAAACCAGUUAUGUUUUGGAUAUAUGGCGGGGGUUUGAGUGGGGGUUCAAUAUUUAGCACAUCUGUAUAUAAUGGCAGUGUUUUGGCCACACAUGAUGUCCUACUCGUGGCCCCGAACUAUAGAUUAGGUCCGUUUGGUUUCCUAUACGGGGAUCGGGAGGACGCGCCCGGAAAUGUGGGCUUUUAUGACCAGUUAUUAGCACUCAAAUGGGUAAGAGAUAAUAUCCAUUUGUUUGGUGGGGAUAGGGAUCAGAUCACCAUAUUUGGUGAGAGCGCCGGUAGUUGGUCCGUAUCAGCACAUGUAUUGUCUCCUCUAUCAAAGGGUCUGUUUAGGAGAGCUAUUAUGCAAAGCGGUGCCCAUAUGUAUAACAAGGACAGGGAUGUAAUCAACAAAACUGAAGCCUUAACUCAAUCCAAACAAAUAGCAAAACAACUGAAUUGUAGUGAAACUGAGGAUUGGUUGCAGUGUUUGCGAAAAGUGGACGCAAAGGAAUUCAUUCAAUUCAUCAAAUCAAUGACACCACCGAUUCUGGGAACGGAAUUCCUACCGAAAUCUGCUGCCCAAGCCUUCAGAGACCAUACAUUCAAUGCGGACAUCGAUAUAAUCGCCGGCAUUACCCGAGACGAGGGGUCACUACUCACACCACUAGUGCUCCGGCACUCAGACAUUGAAACUGUUGACGACUUUAAGGCAUACGUCAGGGAAUCGGAUGACUUGUAUCACGGAUUAGACGUGGAAAAGGUGUCGGAGUUUUACCUUAAAAAUGUGGGCACAAGUAGUCCGGAGGCUAUUCGGUGGGCAUUUUACCGUUUUUUUGGUGAUUUGAUGAUGAAUUGUCCGACGUAUCUGUUUGCCAAACAAUUUGCAGCAAAUGUGCUAGCUAAACAAAAAGUAUACUUUUAUGAGCUCUCAUAUCAGAGUCAAUAUUUUGCGCAACACUUGUAUUGUAAUGAGUCUGAACUGGCAAACCGGAUGAACAAUGGCCUCAACUAUUGGGCUAUAAUAAUUAUUGAUGUGAACACGACAUCAGGUGUAGUGAGAGGUCUCACUAUAGAUGUGUUGAACACAAGUAUUGACCAGUUUUUGGGUAUACCUUAUGCCGAACCACCGGUCGGUGCGCUUAGCAAUGUUUUAAUAAAUACCACAUCGGGUUUAGUGAUGGGACAGACUAUUAUGGUCUUAAACACCAAAAUUAACCAAUACUUGAGCGUACCAUAUGCUAAACCCCCUGUUGGAAAACUUCGGUUCAGUCCACCUAAACCUUUCAAAAAACUUAAAAAUACUGUGAUCGAUGGCAGAGCACCGGGCAAUUCAUGCGUACAAAAGUUUGUCAAAGAGUUGGACUUUGUUGUGGUCGGCAAUCUGACCCUAAGUGAGGACUGUUUGGUACUAAACAUAUGGACACCACAUACGAAAAAUCCUUCGAGAGCUCAACCCUUAAAACCAGUCAUGUUUUGGAUUCACGGCGGGGGUCUGUUUAUUGGAUCCAUAUUUCAGAGUCAAUACAAUGCCAGUGCACUGGCAGCUCAUGAUGUGGUGGUUGUGUCGGUUAAUUAUAGAUUAGGUCCGUUUGGGUUCCUAUACGGUAGCGAUGAGUCGGCGCCCGGAAAUGUGGGCUUUUAUGACCAGUUAUUGGCACUGAAAUGGGUCAGAGAAAACAUCCAUCAAUUUGGUGGUAAUAAAGAUGAGAUCACUAUAUUUGGUGAGAGCGCCGGUAGUUGGUCGGUAUCGGUACACCUACUCUCUCCCCUAUCCAAAGGUCUAUUCAAGAGGGGUAUAAUGGAAAGUGGGGCACAUUUUUAUAAUAGGGAAAAGGAUCCCGUAUCCAAAGACAUAGCCUUAUCUCAGGCCAAGGCAUUCGCACAAACAUUGAACUGUAGUUCCGAUAAAUGGUUGGACUGUUUGAGGGGAAUAGACGCCAAGGAAUUGAUGAAUAAAUACAGUACUAGUGUUCAAGUGUUCCCACUCUUAGACACGGAAUUGCUGCCAAUGGGUGCACAGAAAGCUUUUGAACAAAAGUUGUUUAAUAAAGACUUGGAUGUGAUGGCAGGUGUGGCUCGCAAUGAGGGCUCAAUAUUAAUGAGAAACCUAUUGACACCAAACCUAACAGUCGAUGAUUUCAACAAAUUUGUGCCAUUGUUAGACUAUUUCUACCACAAUAUAGACAUCAAGAAAGUGCAACAAUUUUACUUACAAUCCAUUGACAAAAACAGUUCAGAAGCCAUAAAAUGGGCUGAAUUUGACUUAUUCAGUGACCUUACUAUGAUAUGCUCGACAUAUCUGUUUGCCAAGAAUUAUGCCCUCCAUUCGAGCGCCGGUAGUGUCUAUUUCUACGAACAAACCUAUCAAAGGAAAGCCUACCUAAAUACCACUGAAUAUGGUGUGACACAUUUCUCGGACAUUGAUUAUGUGUUCGGUUUGCCAUUACUUGAGCCCAAACCCAGUGAUACCCCAAUCGAUGUUAAGUUUACCAAAGAUGUGAUGCAAAUGUGGACUAAUUUUGCUAAAUAUGGUAUUGAUGUGAACACGACAUCAGGUGUAGUGAGAGGUCUCACUAUAGAUGUGUUGAACACAAGUGUUGACCAGUUUUUGGGUAUACCUUAUGCCGAACCCCCAGUCGGUGCGCUUAGGUUUGCUAAACCAGUGCCACUCAAAACAAGUGUUAAAACUGUGAUCGAUAGCAGAGCACCGGGCAAUUCAUGCGUACAAAAGUUUAUCAAAGACUUGGACUUUGUUGUGGUCGACAAUCUGACCCUAAGUGAGGACUGUUUGGUACUAAACAUAUGGACACCAUAUACGAGAAAGCCAUUGACAGGUCAACCACUUAAACCAGUCAUGUUUUGGAUUUACGGCGGGGGUCUGCUUAUUGGAUCCAUAUUUCAGAGUCAAUACAACGCCAGCGCACUGGCAGCUCAUGAUGUGGUGGUUGUGUCGGCUAAUUAUAGAUUAGGUCCGUUUGGGUUCCUAUACGGUAGCGAUGAGUCGGCGCCCGGAAAUGUGGGCUUUUAUGACCAGUUAUUGGCACUGAAAUGGGUCAGAGAAAACAUCCAUCAAUUUGGUGGUAAUAAAGAUGAGAUCACUAUAUUUGGUGAGAGCGCCGGUAGUUGGUCGGUAUCGGUACACCUACUCUCUCCCCUAUCCAAAGGUCUAUUCAAGAGGGGUAUAAUGGAAAGUGGGGCACAUUUCUAUAAUAGGGAAAAGGAUCCCGUAUCCAAAGACAUGGCCUUAUCUCAAGCCAAGGCAUUCGCACAAACAUUGAACUGUAGUUCCGAUAAAUGGUUGGACUGUUUGAGGGGAAUAGACGCCAAGGAAUUGAUGGAUAAAUACAGUACUAGUGUUCAGGUGUACCCACUCUUAGACACGGAAUUGCUGCCAAUGGGUGCACAGAAAGCUUUUGAACAACAUUUGUUUAAUAAAGACUUGGAUGUGAUGGCAGGUGUGGCUCGCAAUGAGGGCUCAAUAUUAAUGAAAAACCGAUUGACACAAAACCUAACAGUCGAUGAUUUGAAAGCACUUGUGCCAUUAUUGGACUAUUUCUACCACAAUAUAGACAUCAAGAAAGUGGAAGAAUUUUACUUACAAUCCAUUGACAAAAACAGUUCAGAAGCCAUAAAAUGGGCUGAAUUUGACUUAUUCGGUGACAUCACUAUGACAUGUCCGACAUAUCUGUUUGCCAAGAAUUAUGCCCUCCAUUCGAGCGCCGGUAGUGUCUAUUUCUACGAACAAACCUAUCAACGGAAAGCCUUCUUAAAUACCACUGAAUAUGGUGUGACACAUUUCUCGGACAUUGAUUAUGUGUUCGGUUUGCCAUUACUUGAGCCCAAACCCAGUGAUACCCCAAUCGAUGUUCAGUUUACCAAAGAUGUGAUGCAAAUGUGGACUAAUUUUGCUAAAUAUGGCAAUAAAAACAGUGUUGUCGUAAAUACCAGUUCCGGUCGAGUGAGGGGACAGACUAUAACUGCAUUGAAUAGACUUAUUGACCAGUAUUUGGGUAUACCUUAUGCCGAACCACCCGUUGGGAGACUCCGGUUCAGUCCAACCAAACCUCUUAAACGGCCGCUAAAUACUCUGAUUGACGGGACAGUAGCCGGGAAGUCAUGUAUACAGAAGUUUGUGACCGAAUUAUUCUUCGAUGUCGUCGGGAAUAUCACACAAAGUGAGGACUGUUUGGUACUAAACAUAUGGACACCACAUACGGAAAGUCCUUCGAGAGCUCAGCCCUUAAAGCCAGUGAUGUUUUGGAUUCACGGCGGGGGUCUGUUUAUUGGAUCCAUAUUUCAGAGUCAAUACAAUGCCAGUGCACUGGCAGCUCAUGAUGUGGUGGUUGUGUCGGCUAAUUAUAGAUUAGGUCCGUUUGGAUUUUUGUAUGGGGGUGACAGGUCAGCGCCUGGCAAUGUAGCCUUUUAUGACCAAAUACUUGCGCUCAAAUGGGUCAGGGAAAAUAUACACUUAUUUAAUGGGGAUAGGGAUCGGAUCACUAUAUUUGGUGAGAGCGGUGGCAGUUGGUCGGUGUCCGCACACCUAUUCUCACCACUAUCUCGAGGCUUAUUCAAGAGGGCUAUUAUGGAAAGUGGAGCCGUAUUUUACAACAAACUGAGACAACCCUACUCCAAAAGUGAAGUCCUACUUAUGGCUAAAAAAUUUGCUGCAAGUUUGAAUUGUAGUUCAAGUAAAUGGUUGGACUGUUUGCGUGGUAUUGACGCCCAGGUAUUGAUGGCUAACUAUAACACAAAUGUCCAGAUAUUCCCACUUUUGGAUACGGAAUUCCUGCCAAUAUCUGCACAAAAAGCCUUUAAUCGACACGUGUUUAACAAAAACUUGGAUGUGAUGGCA